AGGGCUGAUACCGCGAGAGGCGCCGGGGCGGCGGGGGGUUUAGUUUUGGUUUCACUUCCAGUCUUCUUCUUCUACUUCUUCUUCUUCUUCCUCCCUCUCUCCCCGUUCCAAUUCUUUCCCGCCCUCGGAGCUGAGCUCAGACUGUGGUAGACCUCACAAGCUCUUCAAAUCAAAUCUUUCUGCUUCUACAUCGCAUUCCCGUCUAAAUGGUGACCCCUAAGCAGCUUCUCUCGGCUAUCGAGUCCGCCCUCCUUGGCCCUUUACCGCCGGCUCCAGCUCAGCGGGUCGAGCUGAUUCACGCCCUCCGGAAGUCCCGGUCAUCGUUUCAGAAUCUGCUCUCUUACCCACCUCCAAAGCCAUCGGAUCGAGCGCAGGUUCAGGGAAAGGAAGUCAGGCUUCCAGAUUCACCACCAAUCUCACUCGAUGAUCAGGAUGUUCAAAUUGCUCUGAAAUUGAGCGAUGACCUCCACCUUAAUGAAAUAGAUUCUGUUCAUUUACUGGUUUCCGCCAAUCAAGAGUGGGGCAUAAUGGGAAGAGAGCCAUUAGAGAUACUUCGACUUGCUGCUGGACUCUGGUACACAGAGAGAAGAGAUCUGAUAACUGCACUUUAUACUCUUCUAAGGGCUGUUGUUCUCGAUCAAGCAGUGGAAGCUGAUAAUGUGCUUGACAUACAAAAGUACCUGGAAGAUCUAAUAGGUGCUGGUUUGAGACAGCGUUUGAUCUUGUUAAUUAAGGAACUUGCUCGAGAAGAACCUGCUGGUUUGGGUGGGCCACAGUGUGAACCUUACAUUUUAGAUUCUAGAGGGACACUUGUUGAGCGAAGAGCUGUUGUUUGCAGGGAAAGACUCAUCCUUGGACACUGUCUUGUCCUCUCUAUUCUUGUUGUGCGCCCAAGUUCAAGGGAAGUUAAGGAAGUCUUUUCCCUUUUGAAAGAUAGUGCUACUGAACUCAAUGAGGACAAUUCCACUACAAAGCAGCAGAUUACAUAUAGUCUUCUCUUCUCCCUCGUGAUCAGUUUUAUCUCAGAUGCUUUGGGCGCGGUGCCAGAUAAAGCGGCGGUCUUGACUCAAGAUGUUUCCUUCAGAAAUGAGUUUCAAGAAAUGGUGAUAGCUUCUGGAAACGACCCAAAUAUUGAGGCUCUUGUUGACGGGGUGAGACUUGCUUGGACCGUGCACUUGAUGUUAAUUCAAGAUUCUAUUGCUCCAAGGGAGACAACUUCAAGUUCACCGGAUGACUUGACUAAACUCCUUUCAUGCUUAGAAGUGAUCUCGUCAAACAAUGUUUUUCGGUCUUUAUUGGACAAAGUUUUGAGAACGGCAGCCUUCCAGAACGAUGAUGAGGAUAUGAUCUAUAUGUACAACGCUUACCUCCACAAGCUGAUUACUUGCUUCUUGUCUCACCCACUUGCUAGAGACAAGGUAAAAGAAUCCAAAGAUAAGGCAAUGGCCAUACUUACACCAUACCGAGUUGCUGGAUCACAUGAUUUGUUUCAUGAAGGCAGUUCGAGUUCUCAACAGGCUGGUGAAACUGGCCCCAUAAUGUUUGUCUCUCUUUUGGAGUUCAUGAGUGAGAUAUAUCAGAGAGAACCUGAGCUGUUAUCUGGAAAUGAUGUCUUGUGGACAUUCAUCAAUUUUGCUGGAGAGGAUCACACAAAUAUUCAGACGCUUGUCGCUUUCCUAAAAAUGUUGAGUACCUUGGCCUCGAGUGAGGAAGGUGCUUCAAAGGUUUUUGACUUGCUUAAGGGAAAAACGUUCCGUUCUGUUGGGUGGGGCACUCUAUUUGACUGCCUCUCAAUUUAUGCUGACAGAUUUAAGCAAUGCCUCCAAACUGCUGGGGCUAUGCUACCUGAGUUUCAAGAGGGGGAUGCAAAAGCCCUUGUUGCUUACUUGCAUGUUCUUCAAAAGGUUGUGGAAAAUGGAAAUCUCCAUGAAAGGAAAAACUGGUUUCCCGAUAUUGAACCUCUAUUCAAGCUCCUUAGUUAUGAGAAUGUUCCUCCUUAUCUGAAGGGUGCUCUUCGAAAUGCCAUAGCCGCCUUUAUCCAUGUUUCUCCAGCCCAUAAAGAUACUAUUUGGAGUUACCUUGAGCAGUAUGAUCUACCCGUAGUGGUGGGUCCCCCAGUAGGGAACAUAGUUCAACCAGUUACUCCGGUUUAUGAUAUGCAAUUCGAGUUGAAUGAGAUUGAAGCAAGAAGAGAACGAUAUCCUUCUACUAUAUCGUUUAUUAACCUGAUAAAUUCUCUCAUUGCCGAAGAAAGAGAUGUCAGCGAUAGGGGGCGGAGAUUUAUCGGCAUAUUUAGAUUUAUAUAUGAUCACGUGUUUGGACCAUUUCCUCAAAGAGCUUAUGCCGAUCCACAUGAGAAAUGGGAGCUUGUUAUUGGGUGCCUACAGCAUUUUCAUAUGAUAUUGAGAAAGUAUGAAAUUAAGGAUGAGGAUGUCGAAAGUGUCACUGAACAAUCACAGCCAUCUUCACUUCAGUUGCAGCUUCCCCUCUUAGAAUUGCUGAAGGACUUUAUGAGCGGGAAAAUUGUUUUCCGGACCAUAAUGGGGAUAAUUCUUCCUGGGGUCAACACUACAAUUACAGAACGAACCACCAAAACUUAUGGCCAACUUCUCGAGAAGGCUGUGCAACUUUCUCUUGAAAUCAUUGUCCUUGUUCUUGAAAGAGACUUACUCGUCUCUGAUUUCUGGCGCCCUUUGUACCAGCCAUUGGAUUUGAUCCUCUUGCAAGAUCACAAUCAGAUCAUUGCUCUGUUGGCGUAUGUAAGAUUUGAUCUUCAACCCCAGAUUCAGCUCUGCUCUAUCAAGAUCAUGAGUGUUUUGAGUUCUCGAAUGGUUGGCCUUGUUCAGUUGCUCCUCAAAUCUAAUGAUGGUAAUGUUCUGAUUGAGGACUAUGCAGCUUGCCUCGAGUCCCGAUUGGAUGAGUCACAGGAAAUUGAGCAUGCCAAUGACCCGGGGAUCCUCAUCAUGCAGCUCUUGAUUGAUAAUAUUAGCCGACCCGCUCCAAAUAUCACACAUUUGCUGCUCAAGUUUGACCUUGACGGGCCCAUUGAGCGGAGUGUGCUUCAGCCCAAAUUUCACUUCAGUUGCUUGAAGAUCAUUCUAGAUUUUCUGGAGAAACUUGCUAAGCCUGAAGUCAAUGCUCUGCUUCAUGAGUUCGGGUUCCAACUCCUUUACGAACUAUGCUUGGAUCCACUAACAAGUGGGCCCAUUAUGGAUCUUCUAAGCACCAAAAAGUAUCAGUUCUUUGCUUAUCACCUCGAUACGAUUGGUGUGGCCUCUCUCCAUAGACGCAGCAGUGACCACACGCUUCGCGUCAGCUCUCUGCACCAGCGGGCAUGGCUUCUGAAGCUCUUAGCUUUGGAAUUGCAUGCUGGUGAUAUGAACAGUUCAACCCACCGAGAGACCUGUCGGAGGAUUCUUGGUCAUCUUUUUGGGCAGGAAGCUAUUGAGAGUGGGACAGAUUUUAACAUAUCAAACUCUUUAGCUCCUUAUAAUGAUGCCGAACAUCUUGGAGCUAGGACCAGAACAAUUGGUAAGAGUAAGGUUCUUGAGUUGCUCGACAUAGUACAGUUCAGAUCUCCCGAUACUGCCAUGAAGCUCUCUUCAAUUGUCCCAAGUGGAAGAUACCAUAUUUUAGCUGAGGAGGUCCUCGUAAAUCCUGCGACUUCUGACAAGGGCGGGACCUAUUACUACACUGAGCGUGGGGACCGCCUGAUUGACCUUGCUGCAUUUAGUGACAAGCUCUGGCAGAGGUUCACUGUUGGGACUGAACCUGAACUGAACCAAGUGAGAGAGACGAUUCAGCUCUUGCUUCGUUGGGGAUGGAAGCACAACAAGAACCUUGAGGAACAGGCGGCACAGCUCCACAUGCUGACUGGGUGGUCCCAAAUUGUUGAGAUCUCUGCCUCAAGAAAACUAUCGUUUCUUGAGAACCGGACGGAGAUCUUGUAUGAGGUUCUUGACGCUUCGUUGACUGCUUCAGCCUCUCCUGACUGUUCUUUGAAGAUGGCAUACAUAUUGACUCAGGUUGCUCUCACCUUUAUGGCAAAAUUACGGGAUGAAAGAUUUCUGUCAUCUAGUGGUCUAAAUUCAGAUGCUCUUACGUGUCUUGAUAUAAUAACAGUGAGACAACUCUCGAAUGGUGCAUGCCAUUCCAUAUUGUUUAAGCUCAUUAUGGCAAUUUUGAGACAAGAAUCUUCUGAACCCUUAAGGAGACGACAGUAUGCUCUGCUUCUCAGCUACUUCCAGUACUGUGGGCAUGUUCUCGACCCAGAAAUCCCAACUAGUGUUAUUGGAUCAUUAUUACUAGAUGAACAGGAUGGUGAGGAUUCAGAUCUUGAGAAAAUUGAUAAGGAACAUGUAGAGCUUGCUCGAGUGAAUUUCUCCAUUCUGAGGAAGGAGGCUCAGGGAAUACUUGAUUUAGUGACAAAGGAUGCGGUUCAUGGGAGUGAACCAGGGAAGACAGUCUCAUUCUAUGUUCUAGAUGCUCUGAUUUGCGUGGACCAGGACAAGUACUUCUUGAACCAGCUUCAGAGUAGGGGAUUCUUGAGAUCAUGCCUGAUGGGCAUUGGGAAUUUCUCAUACCAUGAAGGAGCCCACUCCUUCAACUCAUCCCAGCGGGCAUGCACCCUCGAGUCUGAGUUGGCAUUCCUCUUGAGGAUCAGUCAUAAGUAUGGGAAUUCAGGGGCUAAGGUUUUGUUCUCGAUGGGCGUAUUGGAGCAUAUUUCUUCAUGCAGAGUGAUCUACUUGCAGGGAAGUUUAAGGAAUGUGGACUCAAAGCUUCGGACUUAUGUAGCAAUCGAUGUUAACAGGCAGAGAACGGUCGUUACACCAGUUUUGAGACUUCUCUUCUCUCUGACUUCCUUGGUCGAGAAUUGUGAUAUUUUUGAGGUGAAGAACAAGAUUGUUCGAGAAAUCUUAGAAUUUAUCAGAGGGCAUCAGCUGCUCUUUGAUCAAGUUCUGCACCAGGAUCUCUUAGCCGAGGAUGAUCAGACGAUGGAGCAGAUGAAUCUUGUGGUGGGUACACUGAGCAAGGUUUGGCCUUACGAGGAGAGCAAUGAUUAUGGUUUCGUGCAGGCGCUAUUCUCUAUGAUGCACAUUCUCUUCUCGCGCAAUUUCGAUGCUCCCAACAUGGCAUCACAGGUUCAUCGUCUCGAGGGUAAGAGGAAGUCAGAAGUGGGCUUGUUUCGGUUGUGCUUCAGCCUGAGCUCCUAUCUCUAUUUCCUUGUCAUGAAAAAAUCCCUUAGAUUGCAGCAGGUUUCAGAUUUCUCAAGCAAUCAGCCUUCUCCAUCUGGAAUGUUACAGCCCACCUUGAUGUUAGUUGCUUCUCUUCUGAAUGCCGUGACCACUGCCCUUGAGAGAGCAGCUGAGGAGAAGUCCAUAUUUCUAAAUAAGAUACGGAACAUAAACGAGCUGUCCCGACAGGAGGUGGACAUGAUAAUAAGCAUGUGCUCUCGUAAGGACUGUGUUUCAUCGUCCGACAACAUUCAGAAAAGGAGAUAUAUUGCAAUGGUGGAAAUGUGCCAGGUCGCAGGGAAUAGAGACCAGCUGGUAGCCCUAUUGCUUCCACUUGCAGAGCAGCUUCUCAAUGUUCUUCUCGUCCAUUUUCAGGAUAGUGUCCCUUCAUCCGAUGCUAGCCAGUCGAUCAGAGCGAUAACUUCUGGUGACCAAUUGGAUUCAGCACAUGACAUAUCUUCUAUAUGUGGAAAGUUAAUUCCGGUCUUGGAACGGCUCGAGUUGCUGAGUGAGGAGAAAACGGGGCACAAUCAUAAACUUUUCCGCAGAUUGGUGGCCUCACUCAAGGAAAUGGUGAUCAAGAAGAUGUCUCUAUAAAGUUCUUCGGAAAGCCGCCUCAGUUAUAUUGAUGUAAUUCCGGAUAGAUUCUUGGGCAAUGAAGUUCAUUGUUAACAGCCAUUGCGUGCUCUCGCUCACUUUUGUCUGAGUUUUGUUGUAUAUCGGCAGUCAUUAAUGUACAAAUCUAGACAAAAUUGGCAUCAUUCGAGUUUUUUUCAUGAGCAAUACAUCGGCACAUUUGGGUUUAUGAAAUUUAUAAUUUUCGCUACUGAA